AUGUGGCAGAUGCUGGAGGAGGAGAACCUGGUGCUUUACCAGAAACUGGACGAGCCUAGCGACGCCCUCCAGGGGGAAAACCAGGCUCCCUCAGAGAAGGUGGGACCAGUGUCGGCUAAAUCCGCUCAGCACUGCAUUUCCCCACAGACCAAUGGCUUGAGAAUCCGACACUGUCGAACAUGGGCGACGGUGGACGCUCGGGGGAGUUCGGCGUCGAACACGUGGAGCAGGCAAAUCAACUUAUUAUGA